AUGCAAAUAUUUUACUUAAUUCUCUGCGAAUAAUAAAAAAACCUUGCAAUAAUUCAAGAAGAUACACUUACAAACGGCAUCCACCACACAUAUAUAGUCCCUAAAGUUUCAUAAAUCGAAUCUUCUGGUUAUAUAUUAUAAUAUAAUAAAAAAAACUCAUAUUUAUUUCUCACAUAUCCCCCUUCUAAUAUCGUAAUUUACGAUACUAUUAAAAAACAGAUGUUAUUAUAUACAUAAACACAUGGAAAAAAUAAUUAUUUUAUAAAUUCAUUUACAUUGUCCGAAAGUUAAGAUUUAUUAUUUUUUUCUUCAAAAACUUAAAGAAAUAUAUAUUGUGCUAAUUUCCAAGAGGCGAUAUAAUAAGCGAAUUUUCAAAAAUAUUCAAAAUUAAAACUACCUAAAAAAGUUCUUAUAAACGAUUUAAAAUGCCAGCCAAACGAAAAAAAAAUCGUUGUAGCCUGUUCAGAUGGAUUUAUUAGAAUUUGGAAUUAUACUAGUCUUUCUUAAUUGAAGAGUUUAAAUGAACCUGAUAAUGUUUAAAAUCAUAAUACUAAUAAUAAUGAAAAUAAUAAUGAAAAUAGAUAUUUUUAUACUUGCUUAGAGUUUUCUAAUGAUGGACAUAAAUUAUUGGCAGGAACAAAUCAUGGGAAAAUCUAUAUUUUAGAUUCUAGACAUUUGGGUACUAAGCAUUUAAUUUUGGCGAAAAUUAGAAUUUCAGAAAACGGAAUUUUAAGUUUAUAAUGGAUGCUGUAUAAUGGGUUUUUUAGUUUUAAAAAUACAUAUUUUCUAGCUUUAACAGGUGAAGGAAUUUUAAAAUUAUUCAAUUUUCAAAUAACAGGGGAUUUAGAAUAAAUUAAAAAUAUUAAAAAUUCAUAAAAUAAAAUUUCAGCCAAAAUAAAUGAAAUUUCUAUAAUUUAUUAAUAAAAAAUAGAUUAUAAAUUUCAAAUAUAAGAUAAUAUUAGUAUGGGAUUUAAUAAAUUUCUUUAAGUACAUUAAUUUAGUAAUUUAAUAGCUUUUAAAAAUAUAAAGAUGAUAGAAUAAUUUAAUUAGAAAAAUAUUAAUUGUAUAGAAUAUAAUAUAAAAUUAAUUCAUUUAUAUGAUAAAAUGUCAGAUAAAAUAGAUUUUCCAUAAUGUUCACCUUAGCAUACACAUAGUUUUGAAUAAUUAAUACCUUCAUAAAAUAAAGAAAUUUUAUUCUAAUCAUAAAACUUUUAUAUUGAAAAUCUCGAUAUUAAAUUAUUUUCAGCUGCAAUGAAUUUAAUAAGGACUGUAGGGACUUUAAAGUAAAUUAUUCUUUCAGAUGAUAUUUUAUUUUUUGGUUUAGAUACCCGUCCUAUAUCUUUAGAAUAUACUAACAAAAUCAAAUUCUUAUUAUUAUAUAAAUUAGACAAUAAUUUUCGAGCAACAACCUUUAAUAUAAACUUAAAAGGAGAAAAAGAAGCUGAAAUAGAGCAUUUUGUAGAACUUUUUUGCACACAAGCUGUAUUUUUAGGUAAUCCAAAAUACUAGAACCCCCCUGUGUAUUAUUUAAUGAACAAUAAUUAAUCUUUUUAAAUAGAGUUUUAGCAAGAUUACUUAGAUGAAUAAUUGAAAAUACAUUUUUUGGACAAAUAAAACACUCACUUUUUCAAGGAUUAAUUAAAUGUUAAAAUCCAAAAAAUUUACAACACACCUUUAAGAGAUGGAUUUUGUAUAAUCUAUUAAAAUUACGGAGAAAACAUAUUAAGAUUUUCAAAAAACAGACUUCCAGAAAACCAUUUAUGUAAUAUGUAAAUUUUAAACGAUUAAAACUAUACUUUUAAAGGAGAUUUAGAUGACAAUAUAAUUGAUAUUUAAUGGUAAAACCUUAAUUAAGAUGAUAAAAAAUAGAUAGGGGCAAUAAUUUGUUUAAAUAAAAUCUAUUUUAUAAACUAAAAUUUAGAAAAAAUAAAAAUAUUAAAAUUAUGUUAAAUUUAAAAUUCUAAUAAUUUAAUAAACUAAGGGAAAUGGUUUGGAAACGCUCUUUUUUUUGUUAACAAAACACAUAUAAAUUAUGCCUGUAUAGACGGUACAUAUAAUCCCUGUGUAAGUUUAGAUAAUUUUGAAAGUAAAUAAAUUAUUAGUUUUAUAAUGAUGGAUAGAAUUAUUAUAGGCUCGAAAAAUAAUCUUAAGAAAAAAAUAGUUAAGAUCAUACAGAAUUCAAAGUUAAAUCUUUUUGUCCUUUAGAACCAUUAAUUUGUGGUAUUUUAAUACAAAUAAAAUAAAAAUAGAUAUAAAUAUCAAAAAAUAUAUAUAAUAAAAUAUAAAUAUAAAUAUAUAUUAUAUUUAUAUAUAUUUAUUUAUUUUUAUUAUUUUAUUUUAUAUUUUUUUUAGGUUAUUUAGCUAAUUAGAAAUAUCUUAAAUAAGAAAUAAAUACAGUUUUUAUAUAAACAUUAAUAGAAAUUAUAAGUAGUAAUUAAAUAUCAUAGAAAUUAAUAUAAAAACUCAUAUAAUUUAAUUUAUAACAUUUAAGUUAUAUAUAUACUAAUAAUAGUGAUAAUAAAUAAUUCAAUACGAUUAUAAGUGUAUAAACAAUGGAACAAUUAUUAAAAACAGAAGAUUUAAUAGAAAGUAUAUUUAUAAAUAAAUAAAUUAAAAAUGAAAUAGAUGCUUUAGAAAUAAUGA